GUUGAAAAAUUUUCCCGAUCGGUUUUCCACCGAAAGUCCUAUCUGUCUGUGCCGGUCGGUAAUUUUUCUUUCCCAGCCUUGGCGCGGCCAGUUUGGCUGCUGAAUUGCAUCGUUUCGCGCGUGUGUGUCAAUCGGUGGAAGAAUUCUCUUUUUUUUUAUUCAAAACUGUGAAGUGUGUGGAUCAAUUAUUUUCAAAAAUUGUUUUCAUUCAGUGGCCUAAUUGCUCCCGGUGUUGGGUUGUAAGCGAAACAACUCCCGCAAAACCCGUCUGAUGAACCAGACAGCUGGUAUCUCCGGUUGUCUGAAAUUAAAUUAAAUACACACCCCGGAUCAGGAAACACGACACUCAGCGCUAUUCCCUGGACUUCGCUGCUACUGGCUUUGGUUUUCGAUUGCCGAAUACUACCAGUAGUUUAGAGAGGAGCAGAACCAAACGAAAAAAAAUAGAAGAAAAUAACCACCGGAAAAGCAAAGGAAGCAGAAAUCGAAAAGCCACACACCGCUGCUGAAGAUAAGAAACUAGAAUCAAGUUAGAAUCCAGUGAAUCAUUUCUUGAACAAACAGAGUACAGUGGUGGUUUUUUCAAGUCCAGCUACAACCAAAGUGAACCAAAAAACAACACAGGAGCUAAACAACUAAACAAAAACAGGGGGCGAACCAUCAAAGGAAGAAGAAAUUAAAAUGGACGAGAAAACUCUGGUAUAUUGAAGACACCUUUCAAUUCAUGUGUAGAGAUGGAAGUAAACAUCUGGUAGUAGCUUUCGGAAAUUCCCGCCCCAACAAACAGAACUCAAGAAUCGAAAGUGGACGUCCUAUUCCUAGAGAAGUCAAAACUUACUGAAUUUUUCUCCUCUUUCCACCGCGCUAAAGAAAGUGAGAAAAGGACGCGUUUGGUUCGGCCGCAUGCAGGUCGCUGCAAUCGUGAGAAACCACCGUGUAAAUACUUCCACCCUCCCCAACAUCUUAAAGACCAGCUGCUGAUCAAUGGACGGAACCAUUUGGCCCUGAAGAACGCCAUCAUGCAGCAGAUGGGCAUCUCGCCCGGACAGCCAGUGCUACCAGGCCAAGUGCCAACAGUGAACGGAACAACGGCGAUCGCGACUAAUGGAAUUCCGCAAGGGGCAACAGCUGCGGCUCUAGGGUUUACGAUUGCCUGGGGCGCCCAUCAUCCGCCCUACACUACGUAUGUGGUCAAUGGGGCGGCCAACGGAUGUAUCCCGACGCCGGCCAUCUUGAAUGGAGCCACCACAACGACUGCCCCGAGCUGCCUCACCACCUACAACACCAACAACAACAGCAGUAUCAUCUCGAGUUGCAACACCUCCUGCCACACCACGACUUCCACAAGUUCGCCACCCCUGCAACAUCACCACAACAACAACUACAUCAGCACCAACAACAACAAUAACAGUCCGCCGGCAACCUGCAAAGCGGCCACCAAUCCCUACCUGACCGGAAUGCCAGCCAGCACAUACAGCCCGUACUUCCCGCCGGGACAUCUGAUGCCGACCCUGCUGGGUCCUGCCGAUCCUUCAGCCGUGUCCGCCCAGCUGGGACCCGUCGUUCAGCAGGCCGUUGUUCCGGCCACCCAGCAAAAGAUCCCCCGAUCUGACAGGCUCGAGGUAUGUCGCGAGUUCAUGCGCGGUGCCUGCAAGCGAGCUGAGUCCGAAUGCCGUUUUGCUCAUCCUCAGGAGAGCGUCACAACACACGAAGACGGUUCCGUCACGGUGUGCAUGGAUGCCGUGAAGGGUAGAUGCGCUCGUGAACCUUGUCGCUACUUCCAUCCUCCCUUGCACCUGCAGGCUCAAAUAAAAGCAGCGCAGUCACGCGCAACCGCGACUGCACCAGUAUCUGCUGCGGCCGCUGUUGCCGCUGCUGCUGCCGCCGCCGCUGCUACCAUGGGCACCCUGCAGCCACCACCGCCACCACCCUCAGCUGCUGCCGCCGCCGCUGCCGCCCACGCUGCUGCUGCUGCUGCUGCCGCCGCUGGGGUUGUCACUUCUUCUUCUUCUUGCUCGGUGAACCCCCUCUCCAUUAGCCAACACCAACAGGCUUCGCUCGAGGCUGGCAAAAAACGGGCGGCCGACAAUGACAUGAUACAAAUGAUGGACAUGAAAACGAUGGGAUCUUUUUACUAUGAAAACUUUGCUUUCCCGGGAAUGGUCCCUUACAAACGGACGGCCGCUGAUAAGUCCGGAAUUCCGGUAUACCAGCCAGGCGCCACAACCUACCAGCAGCUGAUGCAGCUCCAGCAGCCAUUCGUGCCAGUGUCAUCUGCACCAUCUUUCCCCCUAAAUGCCCCCUACGUUAUCUACACCGACGCCAAUGGACAGUCUGUCUUUCUUGUCCCGCCCUUACAGUUACUGGACACCCUCCCGGUGUGCCAAGAUUUUAAUAGAUCCAUGUGCACCCGACCGACCUGUAGAUUCGUACAUCUAAUGGAGUGUGAUAAAGUAGAAGUAUGUGAUCAGCGUGUGGCGGUCUGCCGUGACCAUGCGAAGGGUAUGUGCAAGCGCAAGCAAUGUAAAUACUACCACAUACCGAUCGAACUGCCACCAGCGAACGUGAUGGCCGCCACAGCUAAACUAGCAGAAUAAUAGAUACCCAACAAGUAAUCAACAAACAAACAAGCAAAAACCAACCAACACAACCAGAGACAACCGUGUGUAGUGGAGGAGCGAAAGCAGCAACCAGAACACAUACCUACAGCAGAUCAUCGGCUACCAGCAGAGCAUGUGCUCUCACCACCAAAAACAUUUCACAAUAGAUGGAUGAUUUCGUUUGAAACAAAGUGGUUUACCCUUGAGUUGCGACUACAAAGAAGAAGAAAAUCAACAAAAACAGUGAAAGCGAGAACAAUAAUUACACAACAGAGAGCGGUAGAAAGAAACAAAAUCAGAGCAGUGCAGAACAAGAAAAAUAGAAAGUAAAUUAUGCGAAAAAAAAUCAAUAGAAGGCAAACUGAUGCCCCCAAGGUUGUGUGCAUGUAAAAAUUCGUACUACUUUCAUGGAAUGUAAACGAAACCUUUAUGAGUUGUACAAGCGAACGCGUGUUGCACGAUUUUUUGCGUAUAACGAAACUUUACAUUUGUAUUUACCCUGUGUAUGUUAAAACGUGGAGGAUAUUAUUAUCUGUAUUAUUUUUGUGUAAUUUUGUAUAUUUUCUUGUAAUUGUAGGUAAUGUGAUUAUAUUGAAAGAGUUUGAUUCAGUUCUCACUCAUUCAGUCGAUUAUAGUAUGGAAUGUAUAACAUACUCCGGAAUAGAUAUUCUUACGUUCGUGGGAAUAGUGAAACCGAAAUAUGGGUUGAAGAAUCUUUUCAUCGGAUUUCGUUUCAUAGUGAUGAACGAAGGUCAUGUUAAAUUUUCUAUAAUUACGCGAUUGAAUUUAAAAUAUAAGUAUUGAAUUUUAUACUAAGCCAAUCGACACCAAUAAUUCCGAGUUGAUGCAACCUAUACUAUUUAAUUGUUAUUAUUAUACACACGAUACACCAUUUUGAUUUAACUUUUUCCGACAAAAAUACUUUAUUGGAGACUCUCAUAUAAAAUUUGCAAAUAUUUGAUUUUCAGAUAGUUUGUUGGGACAGAUCUGUACAUCUAAAAAUUUAGGUAAACUUUUUAUAUACGAGCACUUGGAACAACUUUCACCAACACCGAGACCAUUAUAAAUCGUAUCAACACUAUGAUAUGGCUACUCUCUAUCUCUCUUACACCAACACACGAAUACAACAACUCCUCACUUUUAGAAUUCACAAUCCACACCCGAUCACGACCAUAUUUAAAGCAACAAUUUUGAUCAAUUAUUCUAUCUGACUCUCUUCAUCACAGAACAAUAUUACAACACAAGCGGAAAACCAAAACAGACACAUUUGUGAGAACAAGAGUAACAAACUUAACAAAAAUAAUUUAAAUUUAAUAAAAGCAAAACUCACGUCCUAUUGGAGCAACGACAUUUGUAUAGUGUGUAUGUUCUUGAAAAAAAAGCAAAAAAUAUAUCAGGUGACAAAUGGAAGCCGUUGUAUGAUAAUUAUGAAAACAAAACAUUUAUUAACGAGAAAAUUCGAUACCUCUCUAUUUGCUUAGGUUUAUUUUUGAGUAUUUUUAUUAUAAUGUCAUGUUAGAGUUAUUUUGUUUUUGUUUUAGUUGUUUGAAUUGUGAUUAUUAUUCAUAUAUUAUCGAGGUUGCGUUUAGUAUUACUUUUACACAUUUUUAUUCUCCUCUCUAGACGUGUUGCAGGCGGAUCGCACACAGACACAUCAACACAUUCAAUCACUCACACACACACUCACGCGAUACUUAUUCACUAAAAUCAAAAGUAUUCCUAUAACAAUCUCUUAUGUGUAAGUACUAAAAGUUAAAACAUGCUAAGCAAAAAUAAUACAAAUGAAUCAUCCCAAUGGUACUCCAGAAGCGGUAACAAAAAUCUAAAUCUUACGUUCCGAAAGUUGUUUUCGAAUUGCUUAUUUUCUCCGGCAGAACCAUAUCGCUUAUCUUCACAACCCUAAACUCAAAUGUUCAGGACUCCAAAUGAAACAAAAAAAAUGAAAUCAAAACUUGUUAUUCAAAAACCAAAUUUAACCUAAGUUUUACCUGUGUUUAGACAUUGUUUACGUUUGUUGAUCGAAACCCAAUUGACGUGUCAUCCGGGAAAUGCCGUGAAAAUAAAAUCCAUAUUUUAAUCGGUGAAACUGUAUUGAAAUAUAGAAUAGGUUCUAGCGAAAAUUCUUAAUUUUUUUCCGCAAACGGAAAAGCGAGCGGAAUAUCCUAGAACGACGACUUGGGAGGGAACACAUUCAAAAUGUUACCCCCCUCCCGAUGUUCCUCGAAGUCAGCAGCUGACAUCAGCUGGUAGGGUACGGUCGUUCUGUAACCAUAACUAAAAUUUAAGUAAAAUAGACCUUUCUUCUAAGAUAAGCAAAUUAACACUAAGGGGUUAAUAAAACGAAAAGAAACAAAGCUGGCAGGAAAAAUAAACAACUAAUGUGAAAAGAUGGGAAAUUGUCUGAAGGAAAUACCCGUGCAGAGGGAUAUGAAGAGGAAAACUAAUGAGGAAGAUCAUGGCUUGCUUGAGCUGCGCUACGCGGAAACGGAUUCUAUCAGUCACGACUGCUUUUGUUUCAUUGUAAAUUGUAAACUAAAUGGAAAAAUUGAAAAAAUAAUCGGAGAUGGAUUUCAGUUUAGCUAUGUUCAGAGAUAUUUUAGUAAAUGCUGCAAUAAGGAUUAUGUUCUUUUGUCCAUUAAUUUUAAAUUCCGAUUUAAAUUAAUUGCUAAUUGGCUGAUCAAUUGCAGGGAGCUGCGUUUUUUGAAUUAUUUGGAAAGCUCUUUGCGACAUAAAAAUAUACAUGAAUAAAGUUUCAGCUUUCCUGUAAAUCCUGUUUGAUUGCUACAAUAUCGCUUUCUAUAGUGAAUCGCAACACGCCUUUAUUGCUUCUAUUUUCUUUUGCAGUUUUUGGGCAUUCAAAUAUGUUCGAAAACUAUGCAGUGAUUACCUUAUUCGACUCAAAUGCAACAUAUUCUUCGCUGUGCUUGGCAAAAUAUACCAGAAUUUGAAACUUCAUGCUAGAGAAAAAUAACCAAGAAAAAAAUGCGCAUCUCAAAUGUAAUUGAGCGAAAAAAAUCUAUGAAAUUAUCGAAACUGAGAGUAAACCAAAUAUAAUUUGUCAAGACUGAGAAGAGUAAGAUUUUCUAAAAAUCUGUUACAUCAAUACCUUAUAUUCAUGAUCUGAUAUCUAGAGCGAGUUCUGGAGAUUUUCCUCCCAGGGAAAUCUUGCUCUUAGCCCUAAUAAAAAAACAUAUCUUCGAAACUCAAUGGUCAGAAUUCAAAAUUAAAGCAACACCACUUGACUUUGAAAUGCAUUUGACGAUAGGAGGGAAAAUAUCUGACUUUUCGAAAGAAACAGGAGGAAAUCAAAUUUUUCAACUACUUUAAGUGUUUUAAGUUCUGGUUUUCGUUGAAAUGCCGUGACUGCCAUGCGAUAGUGUUUCCGAAUCGAGCACUGGCAGAAGUCUACAUGUACUACGAUCAGAUAAAAUAUCCGGGUUUGUUUAGAAUCCAUCAUCGGUCGCAGAAAAAGCGAGAUUAUCUCUGUAAAGAACAGAACCAUUCUCAAGAUGUUGGUUAAUGGUAGGCAAGCGAAGGGUCUUAAGGUGAGAAGCGAAAAUAUUUUUUAGAUAGCUAGGAGAUACAUUUAUAUUUAGAGAAGAGGAAAAAGAUCCAACAAGAACAAAAAAAAAGGUCACCGACAUUCAUCAAAAAGUUAUGUUUAGGGCUCUUUGGUGAUAUCACAGCGGACUAAUGAACUUUUUGCAAAAACAUUUCUUAACGUCACAAUAAUUGAACGACAAAAAACCUUCAUUUGAAUUUCCUUACAACGAGCAAGUUAAACAUUCAUUUGUUCUAAAAAAUAUUAUGACUGUGGAAUUUUUUUUAGUAUUUAAACUUAAAAGAUCCACUCUUUAUUUUGAAAAUACUCUUUUGAUAGUAUUGAUAUUUUUGAAAAUUUCCAUAACAUUGUAAUCUAAAUUAUUAUCAAUAAACUUGAAUCAUAAACCGAACAUCAUUUUAAUAUCUAUCGUCGAAUGAGAUAGUUCAUUUGCCUAUUUUUGUUCAAUCGCAUUGUAUGUUUUAAAAUAUAGUUUUGUUUCGAAAGCAAAUUCUGUGAUACAUUGAAAAUUAAAUAGUAACGAAUGGAUGGCACUUUUUGUUUGUUUGGUUUUCAGAUCGAUCGAUAGUUUGUUUCACUGCUAAUUAGAAGUAAUAUAAGUCCAUCGAAUAUUUUCCGGUGUGUUUCAUUUGAUAUUGUUGUGACACAUAAAAUGCGUUUUUUUUUUCAUCAUGUACCAAUGCUCUUAUAGAAAACUCAAAGUUGAGGAGUUACAACAAAAUUAAAUUUAAACAAAAUCAGUUUUAACCUUUUUUAUUGGAGAUUUAUUUAGCACACCAACAUUUCAACACAUCGAAAUCUUAAACAACGGAAAAAUGAACAUGACACAACUCUUUCCACACCAAGUUCAAUCACCCAGAUAGCCCUACACUACUGCAACAACUGUCCGAAAACAAUAACAUUGAAAAUAAAUGAAAAAAAUCGUGUCCACGUGAUUCUCACACAUCCAGUUUUUGAAUGAAAAAAACAGCACUAAUACUAACGAUAUUUGUAAAAAAAAACAAAGAAAAUGAACAAAAUUUACCAUACAUGAAUGCGAAACAAAACAAAUAUUCUAAUUCAAAUAAUAAGGAAAACCAACUAAAGAAUAUGAAUAAUCUGUAAGAUUUUUAGUAAUAAAUAUUAUUGAAAACUUUACUCAAAAAUACUUUAAAAAUAUUGUAUGAAUAGACAAAAUAUAUUAUCAUUAUUGAUAAUAAACCACACGUAUAUUGAUACAACCACAAACAAAAUAUUUCAGUUUACUUAAUCACUAGUAAACCUUUGCAGCCCGCAACAAAUUCUUAGAACAAAAUGAAGGCAUACAAACAAGGGAACUGCUCUAGACACUAAUGUUGGGAACUCCGUGUUGCCCAAAGAACAGGAGGAAGAAACGAGACAUCCCGAAUCAGUCAUGAAGUCGUCAAGACAAGCAGUUAAAACUCCGUUUUAGAGGACAGAAGAAGCAGUAGUAGAAUAGCAUUGCUCUAGUACAGCGAAAAUUUCCCACAGAGAAAAUAGCAAAAUUCAGAGAUUGAGGAUUCAAAGAAGGAAAGAAAAUAGCAAGAAAAGCCCUAAGCAAGCCAGCAGAGAAUAAGAUCGAAAAGUCGAUAGAGUAGAUAGAGUCACUCGGAACGAGUCAAGCGGCAGAAGAAGAAGAAGAACAAAUAAAAACAAAAUAACUAAAACGAAAAUCUCGUAUCGACACUCGCGUGCAUUCAUCACUGCGUCUGUGAUAGUUCUAAAGAAAAUUUUAAAGUACUAGAUCAAGUCUAUAAAUGGACAAUUUAGGCCGGAAGUGGAGUAAAGCAAAGUUUCGAAAGGAAUGAAACGAACGUAGGAAUGGAAAACGGAAUCAAAAGAUAUUUCAACUAACCUAGUUCGGUUCCGGGUCUAUCAAUGACCCCACAAACGCUAGCGUAGAGUGAUCAAGGCAGUAAAAUUCCGGCAUCUCCUAGUCCUAUAGUUCGACGAACCUGUCCUCCCUUGUAAAAAAAAAUCAAUAAAGAACAAAGAAACAGAAGAUGAUCAUUCUAACUGAAUGACCCGAGGGAGUAACCGGACAGAACGAAUGAAAAUAUAAUGUAAAACAUGAAAAUUUUUAAAAGUAAUAAAAUAAUGUUAAACGAUAAAUUGUUGUUGAAAAAAAUAAAUAAAACCAUCACUUUUAUUAAUAAUGAACCUUGAGGAAAAAAAAAACUAUGAUUAGUUGUGUAGCAAUUCUUUGAUUAAGUGAUUAAAAUACAAUAUAAAAUAAAAUUUAACUGAACACAUGAGAAGUAUCUAAAUUAACAUAAGAGAAAAACAACCUAGUGUUUUCGAGAAACCGAAGCAAAAAUAUGAAAUUAAAAAUAUAACAAAUUAUACAUAUGUUCCAUUUUUUAAAUAUAUUGAAAAUAGCAUGCGGAAAGUGACUCUGAAAAAAAUGUGAAGAAAAACAACUCAACCGAUCAAUCAUUGUAAAGUGAAAAGUAUCUAUUUUCGUUCAGUUUACUACAAUCGAGAGAAAAAAACACAACACAAAGCAAAAACAAACAUGCAAGUAAAUAUAACAAAAAUCGUGAAAGCAAGAAAAAAAGUUACAAUGGAAAACAAAAAUAAUAAUAACUAAUAAUAUUGAAGUACAACCACUUUUAUUUUUUCGAUAGCAGGAUUUGCAGAACUUACACACAGAAUAAUUAAAAACGAAGGGAAAAAAUACAACCACAACUACACACGUUUACACAUGCGCGAGAGAGAUAAAAAUGGAAAAUAAACAAAAAAAAAGCGGUGACUCAACAAAAAAAAACAGAAACAAGGAAAACUGAUUUAUGUACUAGAAUUAUUUUCAAAAUAAAACAUUUCAAUUCAAAUUUAAAAAUAA